CGAUGAUCGUUGAGUCCUCGUAAAAUUUGCCCGCGUGCCGGUUACACAGUUCGCGUGUGCAUAACGGAAAAUCUUUUGUAGAUUCGUGAGAUCGAGGACGUCGCGUGUGAAGGAAACAAUAUCGUUUUUUGAAGGCAAGCAAGAGAUGGCAGAUCUAUCGGAGGAAGUGCCGAUCAAGGAUGCCGCGACGGCGAUCUCCCAGGGCAAACGUCAUCUCCUAGUACGCGAUUACAACUUGGCGGUGGUUGUCCUAGCUCAGGCCUGCGAACUCCUUGCCCAAGAACAUGGUGAGACGGGCGACGAGAUGGGCGAACUCUAUCUGCUUUACGGACGAGCCCUUCUGGGUCUAGCACGUGAGGAAGCAGGGGUGUUGGGGGGCGGUGUACCCGGCUCUGAGGAAGUUAGUCAGGAUGAGCAAGGUGAAGAGGAAGAAGAGGAGGAAGAGAACGAGGAGACCAUUACAGAAAGCAGCAACGGUAUGGAAAAUAGCCCUUGCACAUCGAAUGAUAAAGAAAAUGAUAAAUCAGAACUGAAAGAGAAUGAAGAUCCAAAGGAUACAAAGAGUGAAAAGGACGAGAAGAUGGAGAAUUCCAAAGAAGAUAAAAUAGUCGAUAGCAAAAUCGAAGAAAAAACACAAAAAGAGGAAACUCCUGGCUGUAGUCGAGAUCCUGAUGUAUACAAUGGCGAGGCUUCUGGAAGUAGUAUGAAGAGAGAGGAGGAUGAGAAGGACGGGGAGGCAGAAGAAGAGGACGUUGAGAAGGAAAACGAGGACGAUGUGAAUAAUUUACAGAUUGCCUGGGAAGUCUUGGAACUGGCAAAACUGGUACUGCUAAAACGCGGAUCCUCAGGUUGGAAAUUGCUAGCUGAAGCAUAUCGUCUUCUAGGCGAGGUGGCAAUGGAAGGUGGCAACCACGAGAGUGCGCUGAUUGAUUUCAAAGCUUGUUUGAAUCUGCUGGAGAAAAUGACUCCACGCGACCAUCGUGCAAUUGCCGAGAUCCAUUAUCAACUCGGACUGACUCAUGCAAUGGCAAAUAAUUUUGAUGCUAGCAUCGAGCAAUUCAAUCAAGCAUCUGCGCUGUUGGAGGCGAAGAUUGUGCACCUGAAGACAAUGCAAAAUAAUCCACCUCAAUCCGAGGAUCCCUUUUAUACUGUUGAAGGUGAGAUCAAGGAAUUGCAAGAGCUUCUUCCAGAGAUCCAGGAAAAAAUUGCAGACAUCAAGGACAUGAAAAAAGAAGCCGAUGUAAUCAAAGAAAUUAAAGAAGAGAGAUUGAAUGGAUGCUCUAAAGAUGGUGAAACGAGCGAAGCUUCCGGAAGUGGUAGUAAUAUCUCUAAACCUGCUAGCGAUAUUUCACAUCUGGUAAGAAAAAAGCGUAAGGCGGAGGAUGAAGAGGAUAUAGGUUCUGUUUGCAAAAAACCAGCGCAAGAAAAAGAUGUGGCAGAAAUAGUAAAUAUGGAUCACGAGAAAUGCACAAAGAAACUCAAGCUUGAGGAAUUUCCUGUUAUAAGUGAAGGGAAAGCACAGAUAAUAGUGACAAAUAAAAAAGUCUUCUAUAAUCCAGUUCAAGAGUUCAACAGAGAUCUUAGUAUAGCGGUAUUAACAAUAUUUGCACAAGACAGAUGCAACAAAAUGGUAGAGAAAAAUAAUUCAACGGAAGACAAUAAAGCUAAUAUACUAUGUGAUAAUGAGAUGAAUACAGAGAAGCAGAAGGGAAUUACCAUAUUGGAGGCUUUAUCUGCAACAGGUUUGCGUAGCAUACGAUAUGCUAAGGAAGUGAAAGGUGUUCAACAAAUUGUGGCCAAUGAUAUUUCUGCAAAGGCAGUGGACAGUAUUAAACAAAACAUUUUGCAUAAUGGAGUUGAAAAUUUAGUAACGCCUUACCAUGAAGAUGCAACAUUGUUGAUGUAUCAACGUAGACGAAAUCGUUUUGAUGCGGUUGAUUUGGAUCCAUAUGGCUGUCCUUCGAUAUAUUUGGAUGGAGCAGUGCAGUGUGUAGCUGAUGGUGGUAUACUUUUGGUUACUGCUACUGAUAUGGCUGUACUAGCUGGCAAUACUCCAGAAACUUGUUAUUACAAAUAUGGAGCAAUAUCGAUAAAAUCAAAGUCUUGCCAUGAGAUAGCAUUACGGAUAUUACUCCAAUGCAUUGCAUCUUAUGCAGGACGGUAUGGACGAUAUAUAGUACCAUUAUUAUCUAUAAGCAUUGAUUUUUAUAUAAGAGUAUUCGUUAAGGUAUAUACAGGCCACAAUAAGUGUAAAGAAAACUCUAGCAAAAUAGGGAUGCUUUAUCAGUGCAAUGGAUGUGAAAGUAUGACCUUUCAAUCAUUAGCAACAAAAAAACCUUCCAAUAAUUAUAAAUUACCGAAUGCACCUGCAGUAAAUCAGCUCUGUAAACAUUGUCAAUAUCGGCAACAUAUGGCAGGCCCAAUAUGGUUAGGAUCUUUGCACGAUCAAGAGUUUGUAUCACGACUGUUAUGCAACUUGAAUAACAUAGAAUUAGGUACAUCAAAAAGAAUGGAAGGUGUCUUGACCAUGAUACACGAAGAACUGGAUAUUCCAUUAUAUUAUAAUCUGGAUCGUUUAAUGUGCAUAGUUAAAUGCGAUGUUCCAUCGAUAUUGAAAUUCAGAUCAGCGUUACUGAAUGCAGGAUACAAAGUAUCAUACUCGCAUGCGAGUAAAACCUCCAUUAAAACGGAUGCGCCAAAUGACGUGAUAUGGGAUAUUGUGCGUGCUUGGGAGAAAGAGCAUCCUGCAAAACGGGAGAAGCUGGCUGAAGAUAGUCCGGCUGCCCGUAUACUUAAUGCAUCGUUUACAAGAGAUAUUUCUCUCGCAGAACAUCCCCUAGCAAAUCCAAUUUCUCGUCAGAGGCAUUUGUCACGCUUUCAACAAAAUCCCACUGUAAAUUGGGGACCAGGCGUUCGUGCAAGAAUCAGAGUAGAUCUUGAAGAUAUGGUGGAAGAUUCGAAAAAAGUGAAAAAUCAAAAUAAAAAUAGUAAAAAAAAAUUAUCUGCUAUAGAACAACAAGUAAUACAAGAAUAAACACAAAAAACUUCUUGUAAUUUGUACACUCGAAGUUUACAUCUCAAUAUAUAUAUUUUGGACAAAUAUUUUAACUCUUUUUUUAUUAACAUGUCAAAUUCAAGAAAACUGCGAUAUUAUGUAUACGAAUAAUUUUUGUAACUAGCUUUGUAGGAUUAUUUAUGUCCUGACAAACAAAUGGCGAAAAAAUUAAAGUAAUUUGUGUCUGUGAAAGAGAUAUAUAAGUGUUACAUAUCCUUGUGUAUAAUAUAGUUGAAUCUUACUUUGUACACUUUUAUCAGAGAUUGUAGUUUUUGCAUUGUUGUAUGCAAAUAAUGUAUUUUAUUUUA